AUGCCUUCAAUUGGUUGGCUUGAUAGCCUCAAUGGGAUGCGUUCUAGACUUGAGAGGACUUGUAGCAAGUUAGAUUCAUUUCUUCAAGAACUCAUCGACGAACACUUAAAUCCAAAUAGGCCAGAGUCCAUGAACGGUGAUAUUGUUGGCAUCAUGCUUCAAUUACGGCAAGAACAAUCAACUUCCUUUGAUCUAACGCAAGAUCACAUCAAAGCAAUGCUCAUGGCACAAGCAGAGAUUAGAGGUGCAGUUGGAAAUAAAGAUAUAGUAAACGAAGAUGAUAUUCAAAAGCUCCCUUGUCUCAAGGCAAUUGUCAAGGAGACCUUCAGAUUGUAUCCUUCAGCUCCACUUUCAGUUCCAAGACAGACACUAGCAAAUUGCAUUAUAAAUGGUCACGAAAUCCAGUCCAAUUCUAUAGUUUACACAAAUGUCUGGGGGAUUGGAAGAGAUCCCGAGUAUUGGGAAAAUCCAAAUGAGUUUUUGCCUGAGAGAUGCUUGAAUAGUAGUGUAGAUAUGAAAGGGAAAGACUUUCAAUUGAUACCAUUUGGAGCUGGCCGAAGGGGCUGCCCUGGAUAUUCUCUGGUACUAGCAAUGGUGGAAGUUGGACUUGCCAAUCUUCUGUACUCUUUUGACUGGGAAUUGCGUUUUGGGAUCAAGAAAGACGACAUUGAUACUCAAGUUUUACCAGGUCUUACAAUGCCUAACAAAAAUGAUCUGCCACUUCCGGCAAAAAAUGUGUAUGCGUAG